CAGGGCCAGACGUCUGUCAGGUCGGGAGGACAAGGGCAAGCGUGCGAGAGUGAGAAAAGGAAGCAGCAGCAGCUCGGAGAAGAGAAAGUCAGGAAACACCCCUCCUCAGUAUUACAGUUAAAGGAUAACACGCGUUUGUAUUUCGGGGGAACAGAAAGGAACGGCAAAAUGAUGAUGAUGACCCAGGUGGAGACCACGGUGCACUAUGAUAACGGCUACGAGGAGGAAUACAUGAUACAGGAAGAUGAGUGGGACCGGGACAUGCUGUUGGACCCUGCCUGGGAGCAACAGCAGAGGAAAACCUUCACAGCCUGGUGCAACUCCCACCUGAGGAAAGCUGGUACUCAAAUUGAAAACAUUGAGGAAGACUUCAGGAACGGACUAAAGCUCAUGCUGCUUCUGGAAGUUAUCUCAGGAGAGAGGUUACCCAAGCCAGACAGAGGGAAGAUGCGGUUUCAUAAGAUUGCUAACGUCAACAAAGCACUGGACUUCAUCACAAGCAAAGGAGUGAAACUGGUCUCCAUUGGAGCUGAAGAGAUUGUGGACGGUAAUGUAAAGAUGACUCUUGGAAUGAUCUGGACUAUCAUCCUCCGCUUCGCCAUUCAGGACAUUUCUGUGGAAGAAACAUCUGCCAAGGAAGGUCUUCUCCUGUGGUGUCAGAGAAAGACCGCCCCCUACAGGAAUGUCAAUGUCCAAAACUUCCAUGUCAGCUGGAAGGAUGGCCUGGCCUUCUGUGCCCUGAUUCAUAGACACAGACCCGACCUCCUCGACUACUCUAAGCUCAACAAGGAUGAUCCUCUGGGGAACCUGAACCUGGCUUUUGACAUAGCUGAGAAACACCUGGACAUUCCCAAAAUGCUGGACGCUGAAGAUAUCAUCAACACCCCCAAGCCUGAUGAAAGAGCUAUCAUGACCUAUGUGUCCUGCUUUUACCAUGCUUUUGCUGGAGCUGAGCAGGCAGAGACGGCUGCCAACAGGAUCUGUAAGGUGCUCGGUGUAAACCAGGAGAAUGAGAAACUGAUGGAGGAGUAUGAGAGACUGGCCAGUGAGUUGCUGGAGUGGAUCCGCCGCACUACUCCCUGGCUGGAGAACCGGACCCCAGAGAAGACCAUGGCAGAGAUGCAGCGGAAGCUGGAGGAUUUCAGAGACUACAGACGCCAGCACAAGCCCCCUAAGGUGCAGGAGAAGUGCCAGCUGGAAAUUAACUUCAACACCCUGCAGACCAAGUUACGCAUCAGCAAUCGCCCUGCCUAUAUGCCCUCUGAGGGGAAGAUGGUAUCUGACAUAGCCAGUGCGUGGCAGGGCCUGGAGCAGGCAGAGAAAGGGUACGAGGAGUGGCUCCUCACAGAGAUCCGUCGGCUCGAGAGGCUGGACCACCUGGCAGAAAAGUUUCGCCAAAAAGCCACCAAUCAUGAGAACUGGGCCAGCGGUAAGGAACUGAUCCUUUCCCAGAAGGACUAUGAAACAGCCACCCUGACAGAAAUCAGAGCAUUGCUUCGAAAACACGAGGCCUUUGAGAGUGACUUGGCAGCCCACCAGGACAGAGUGGAGCAGAUUGCCGCCAUUGCACAGGAACUAAAUGAGCUGGACUACCAUGAUGUGGCUGCUGUGAACCAGCGUUGCCAGAGCAUCUGUGACUUGUGGGACAAGCUGGGAACCCUGACUCAGAAGAGGAGAGAGGCACUGGAGCGGACUGAGAAGCUGCUGGAGACUAUUGAUCAGCUGUUCCUGGAGUUUGCCAAGAGGUCGGCUCCUUUUAACAACUGGAUGGAAGGAGCCAUGGAGGAUCUGCAGGACAUGUUCAUUGUGCAUACCAUUGAAGAAGUCCAGAGUCUAAUCGCAGCUCAUGAGCAGUUCAAAGCUACUCUACCUGAGGCAGAUGCAGAGAGACAGGCCAUCUUGGGAAUCCACAACGAGGUGCAGAAAAUUUCCCAGAGCUACGGGAUCAAGGCCAACAUUAUCAACCCUUACAGCACCAUUACAACUGAGGAGCUUCUCAACAAGUGGGAAAAGGUGAAGAAGCUGGUCCCUCAGAGGGAUGGUGCCCUCCAGGAGGAGAUGGCACGCCAGCAUGCCCACGAAAGGCUGAGACGGCAGUUUGCUGCCCAGGCUAAUCUCAUUGGUCCCUGGAUACAGGCCAGGAUGGAGGAAAUUGGGCGCUGCUCCAUGGACAUAGGAGGCACCCUGGAGGACCAGAUGACCCAGCUGAAGCAAUGUGAGCACGUCAUUGUCGCUUACAAACCCAACGUCGACAAGUUGGAGGGAGACCACCAGCUAAUCCAAGAGUCCCUGGUGUUUGAUAACAAACACACCAACUACACUAUGGAGCACAUCCGUGUCGGGUGGGAGCUGCUCCUCACAACCAUCGCCCGAACCAUCAAUGAGAUCGAGACCCAGAUCCUGACCCGAGAUGCCAAGGGCAUCAGCCAGCAGCAGAUGAAUGAGUUCAGAUCCUCUUUCACCCACUUUGACCGGAAAAAGAACGGAGCGAUGGACACUGAUGACUUCAGAGCUUGCCUCAUCUCUAUGGGAUACGACUUGGGAGAGGUGGAGUUCGCCCGUAUAAUGAUGCUGGUGGACCCCAAUACUACUGGAGUUGUCUCCUUCCAGUCUUUCAUUGACUUUAUGACCAGAGAGACAGCUGAUACAGACACUGCCGAGCAGGUUGUGGCAUCCUUCCGGAUCCUGGCAGCUGAUAAGCCCUACAUACUAGUGGAGGAGCUAAGGAGAGAGCUUCCUCCAGAACAAGCAGAGUAUUGCAUCAUGAGGAUGCCGCCUUACGCCGGCCAAGGAGCACCACCAGGGGCACUGGACUACACCGCCUUCUCCACCGCGCUCUAUGGAGAGAGCGACCUUUAACCCAACUAGAAAACCUUUAAACUACUGACCGUUUACCUAACCACCCCCUCCAUGCCUCCCCUCUAUCUCUUGAUGAAUUUAAGGAAUCUAUAAAAAAGUUGGAUCAAAUAUGUUGAAUGAAAUGUGUUUGUGACCAUAACGAGUUUUUGCUGAUUAGUUUUCUGACGCAUCCGAUUGUCUACAAGCUUGCCGAGCAUUGUCAUGUGUCUCGGUGCUCUUCUUAUGUCCUCUUGGAUAAAACACGCCCCCUAAACCAAUAGAAACUGCCAUGUUCAAAUUAUAUUUUGAGAAACAAUGCAUUGUACAUUUUACCGUGUGUGUUUUGGUAUUUGCGCAGAAAGUAGAGUUCUGUGAUUAAGGUGAAACUAAAUUUGCACCACCAAAAAUGCAGAUCACUUGGUAAUGCUCAUACAGCAACAGGAUCAUGGCUUUUCAGUAGUUUAUCAUUUGAAGAAAUGAGACAUAAAAAUCCUGUUUCAUCUAGCCCCGUCAUGUAUUGUUUUCAUAUUUCCGCACAGUGCCUUUGUUUUGGGAAUGCAAUCUCCUGAUAAGGCAUUUUGAGAUACUUAAAGUGCAUUACAGUUUGUAAAAGCAAUUUCAAACCUACUGCGAUCCAACAAUAAACACAGUGGGAAAUGGGUUCCCAAAGGGCUAAAAAUACAUAGCACUAACAGAGGAAAAGUGGGAAACCACAUGAAUACAAAAGUAAAUGUUUACAAUUGUUCAGUGCAGAAAACACAGGAGACUAAAUGUGCAGUUUUCAUGAGUAACAUGUUUUAAGAUAAAACAUUUUCUCUGGCAGCAGCAAACAUGUUAACGGUUACAUGUGCCUAGAAAAUACUACAAUAAAUACACAAAAAUAAAUACACAAAUAAGUGUCGUGUGAUUUCCCAAUUUUCCUUAGUUGACACAUUUUAAGGCCUAUUGUUAGUAGAAAUAUACAUCAAUUUAUCCACUUUUGUCCAUAUUAAAAGCUGUUUGGAAACAUGUUACCUUUCACUGUACUCAUGUUGUAUGCUGUUUGAGAAUAAAAAUUAAGAAAUUGUAGUUAAAUACUACUAUAAUAUAAAUGUCAUUCAUACAGCAAAUAGACCUGACUUGAUACUAACUCUAUGCUAAUAACAUUCUGCUACAACAAUCUCUAUGUAAUGCUCUGAAUGAAUUAAAAUGAUAGCAUUCUGUGUUUGUGAUUUCACACUCAUGUAAGCGAGCUGAAGUAUUGUGGAAGUGAUCAAAAUAAUGAAAUUUACCAUUUCACACAAACUGAACCUAAGGCUCUAUAUUAUAUUUAGAUGCAAGCAAUGCCCUUUAAAAGAAAAGUUUAUUUUGUUCUGUAACUGAUGAACAUUGCUUCAGAAACUACUGAGCUCUGUAGGUCCAAGAGGUGUUCUCAUUUUUGGUGAAGAAUUUGUUAUAUUUUGGCAGGAAAAUAAAGAUACUCAGGCUGUACUGACACCUUGAAGAAAAUUACUUUCUCUGUUAUGAACAAAUUCAGUCAAUUGAACUUUGUACCUGAGAGAAAUGGAUUAAUUAAAUAAACUGUUUGUGCUUAAUUCAAACAUUUAUUUCAACUUGAUAAAUCAA